ACUUCCGUAUGUAGACACGCUUUGCACCACUAGGAAACAUAGUUAAAUCUUGUGAUUUGCGUUUUACCAACUCGACACAAUGCAGAUUUGUAGCGUUUGCAGCGAUCAAGAAACGAAGUACAGAUGUCCGGCUUGCAAAAUAAGAUAUUGUUCACUUGGCUGUUACAAGAUACAUAAAGAAACUUGUGCUCCUGUAGAUGGGUCUUCAACAUCGAUUGCUGAUGUGAAGGAGACUAGUGUCACGGAACCUUGGAAUGUGGAUGAUCUUCUUCAUGAGGAUGACAUAACAGAUAAAGUGCCUCUGCAGCGCCUCCAGCAACUGGCUCAUUCAAAAGAACUCAAGGAUCUUCUUUGCAACCCACAUCUGAGACAGUUGCUGCUGAGUGUGGACAGCGCUGAAAGUAAAGACGAGGCAAUGAAGACCGCCAUGCAGGAACCUCUGUUCGUGGAGUUUUCCAAUCAAUGCUUGAAAAUUGUAGAACAUGAAGCAGAAUUGUCGUCUUAUGUAGAUGAUGAUGACGAUUUUUAAAAAAACAGGUGUCGUGUAAAUAUGUACAUAUUCUUUUUAUGAGGUGUCAUUUCACAUUUUGUUACAGUUUGCUAGUUAGUCGGUUUAAAACAAAACACGUUUUCCAUUGAUCACAUGGAACAUUUAUUUCAAAAAUUAAACAUGUUUCA